UCCUCCAAAAGCGGAUAUGACAUUUGUAAACAUCUAACAGGAGAAUACACGUGGGUAAGGCAUCAUCUCCUUGAAGACGGGCGUGUAUCCAUCAAACCAUCCCUGUCAGCAAUGGUCCGGUUCAAAAACAGAUAUUUAGUUUGUGAAGUUGUUUACACAGAAUCAAGAAAGAAAAUAGCACCCUUUUCUGAGUAUGAAUUAUAUAAAUGUAUUCGAGAUGCUGUCAUAAAGUCCUAUGGAGAUUACGGCUUUGGUGUACUGAAGUCUUCAUUGUCAGUGAAGCACUGGAACAGUGCCACAAGCAUUGUCCUGAUCCGGGCCAAGAGAGGUGCUCACACAAUGGUGCAGUCAGCCUUAACUUUUGUGAAGAAAAUCUCAAAUAACGAUGCAUUCUUCAAUACACUUCACAUUGGAGGGACCAUCAGAUCCUGCUACAAGUUCCUGGUGCGUCACCACCAACAGCAGUUACCAGGCUUACUACGGGAGUGUAAGACAGACGGGGAGAGAAAUGCUGUAAGGGCAGCUAUUCUAAGCUGCAACAAUGCUAUGAAAAAUGAAGUUGAUGGCAGAGAUCUUCCCAAGAAGAGAUCAUCUGAGGCAAAAACAUGAAUGUAUGCUUGGUAGUAAAAGCGUGUAAUUGGAUACCCAGGAGUACACCAUACUAAGUAUUGAACUUCCAUUCUAACACUCCAUCUCUCACAUCAAAGGUUUUUUCCUGAUUUUUUUCCUGAUAUCAGUAGAAAUGUGGAAGGAAUUUAAUUACCAUGGAAAGUGUACGGGAUUGUUUUUACCAGAUCAUGAGAUACUGAUGUCUACAGAAUGUCCUAUAAAAUGUUACCAUGGAAACUGUACAGGGUUGUUUUUACCUGAGAUCCUCAUGUCUACAGGUAAAGAAUGUCCUAUAAGGUGUUACCAUAGAAAGUGUACGGGAUUGUUUUUAACUCGGAUACUCAUGGCCACAGGUAAAGAAUAUCCUAUAGUUAUGUUAUCAUGCAUGGAAAGUGUACAGGAUUGUUUUUACCUGAGAUACUCAUGUCUACAGGUAAAGAAUGUCCUAUUAAGUGAUAGACAUUGAUAAUGAGUAAGUGAAUAUUGUAUACUAAGCAUGUUUUUGGGACCAAAACUAGAUAUGUAGGAAGAGUUAAGGUAAAUGUAUAGCUUGUGGUAAUGAAGCUCAACUUGUGUAGAAAUGCUGACCUUUUAGCUUUCACCAAGGAAACGAAUAACAAAAAGUGGUUCAGAGAAAAAUAUCCUAUUUUUGGAGUGUGACAACACAUCCGGACAGGCAAACAUAAUCACAUUUAUUAAACAAGAAUUGCCUGUUCCACUUUGUUAGUAUAAUUAAGAAAAAUCGUACUCUUCUUGGACUUGUUCCAGAUUCACUAUAAAAAAAAAUGUUAAUGAAAUGGAGAAGCAAUUCUUAAUUUCUUGAAACCCACGGGUCUUAACUCCAAAAUACACCAAAAGUUCAAAUUCAUAUAAUCUAUAGGUGUGUUAUGUCAAUACUACAAUACAAAUAUUUCCAGGUUUGGUUGAUAUACCACCGAUAUUGGUACUGAAACAGGGCUAUAACACAAAAUUCUAAAGCUCUGAUUUCCAACAUUCCUUAUAUCCAGAGCCACUAGACCAUGGAUGAUAUCAUGUAACUGGUCCAGAUUUUGUUCCCGAUGUGUGUAUAGAUGUCGACCUUGGCAUCGUCCAAUGUAGGCGAGGUAUUGUGUAUCAUAAUGUAUUAUUAUUACGUAUGUAUAUUGAAAAUUGUCUGUGCUGUAAAGAACAAUAAGUCUUAAAUUCCU